AUGUCUGCUCCUGACGUUUUCGACGCUGACGACUUGUCUUCUGAAACGACAUUGGCACCAGCCCUUGUCGAAGCUUUACUCGCCUGUGCAGCUGCGCCCGAUGCAGCCAGCACUGAGCACCUGAGCACGUUGGCAACCACCAACAAUCCACGAUUCUGGGACGGCAAGAAACGUAGCGAGCAGUGGUGCGACAAGAGCGGUCGACCUUUUACCAUGACGUUUCCCGCUAUUCUCGAACCUUUAGGCAAGCACACGCGAAUGGACCCGUACUUCUCCCUCCCCACGCUCAAGCAGCCCUUGAUCAAGGAGAUACGCACUGCCAAGGCGCAGUUCCAGCUGAAAGUGCUAGACGACUCCUACCCAAUAGAAGCGGUCAGAUGCAGCAUGAAGGCCCAGAACACAUUGAUGUACCUCGGGAGUGAAUGCGAAAAAAAGAGAAAAUCUGAUGGGAGGGAGGUCGUUCAAUUUAUGAGAAGCGCAGGUCCCACUCCCGGGGCCGAGCGUCAAUUCAUUGUGUCUACCGACCAUCUCUUUCCGGAUGCCGCAGAGAUCACUCAAGAAGCCGUGCCUGAAUUCUCACUCGAAGAUUUUGAGAACACCGACGUCCGAUUCACAGCAGAAGUGAUCAAAGAGCGCUUCUCCCCCAAGAAGAAGGAUAACGCAAACAGCGCGAGCCGAGGCGCGUCGGAUUGGACUCUGAAAGACAUGCCGGACCCGCAGGGACACUAUCGCUCGGCCAUCGAACUCUACGGCAUUGAAGACGUCCCGGUCGUCGUUCCCAACAUUCGGGACGCCGCUGGGGUGCUCAUCCACCCUUCAGAGUACAGCAACAAGUUCACGACGGCUAUGCCUGUUGUCGUGGAUGUUAACUUGCGACUCUGGACCUUCGGCGUCGACGAAAGGCGGACCGCCGGAUCUCGAGUAUACCAGACGGGGUUGAGGUCCAUGAAGCUGCUCCCCCUCACGGGGGCAGCCAAGGGCCUGUUCACAAGUGCUCCCACCAAAGCAGCAGAGGGCAAGGGCAAGCGAAAGGCAGACGGACCCGCAGGCCAGGGUUCCCCAACAAAGAGAGGUGCGGGGCAUAGCAAGGCGGCAUGA